UAAGGGGGUGGUGGUGGUGGUGGGUAGUGAUGUGUGAGUAGUAGCGGCUCCUGAGCUGCCUCAAUGUUGCAGGCAGCCUGGUGUGGCAGAUCGCUACAAUCGUGCAAGGGAGGCGGGUCGGGUGAGCUGGCUGCUGCAUACCGGGGGGGGGGGCUUCCCAAAAAAGAAACAAAAAGAGAAAAAAAAACUAAACAAAUAAGACUCGAAAGAGACAUACACAGGCGGAUGGACGAAGUGUAAGUUGUUUUUCCCUCGGGUCGAUCUGCCCGUUGUUUGUUUAUCUAUCGAUUGAUUGCGUUUUAAUUACAGGAGAAGUGGGGCGGAGAUUCGGGUACGAGCGCGCGGCUGUGUGUGUGUGUGUGCGCGCGUACGUGCGCGCUCCCGAGUGCGUGCGCGCCUUUUAAUUAACCAACUCGUGCGUUUCUCGACGUUCUUCUUUUUUUAAAGCAAGCUAGCUAUUACCGAAUGUAUUUUUGAUGCAAAUGUACGUACGCCAAAAAUAGCUCCAAACCAAAUAUAACCACACAAUAAGACAUUUUCCCCCAGUUGUAAUUAUUUCCCUCUCGAAUGCUGUUUUCUUGCCGUCUUUCGUCUGUAUUCAAGCUAAUAACCAAAGCCAACCCCUUAAGCACGCUAGCGACUGUGUACGCUUUUUUUUUUGUAAUAUUAGCGUGACGGUAUUCACCUCCAGGGGCCUCCAUGUUGGCUUAUUUCGUCCCCCAGAAAGAGCAGUCCUCGUCGUCUCGACCUAACUUUUUCACUCGUCAAUCCGUCUGUGUGGGGUCGUAACAGGUUCUAUGCACAUUCACGCCGGUUAAACUCAAUAAAAGUGCCGAACCGGGGCGGGGGCUACAUGUGUACGCACCAAGCGGCGAGCUGUCCACGCCGAACCGCCUCCCGAAGAACAAGCGCCGAGACUCCGGCGGGGACCGAGCUCGCCCCGGCUCCUCCUCAUUCGCACCCAAAGCCAAAGAAAGAAGCCGGAGGAAGAUCAUGUUUGUUCCCUUGCCGGUGCCGUUCGUCUUUCAGAGAGCUGCCCCUGACCUCAGCGCCUGGCGUCUCAAGUCCCCCCUGGCUCUCCGCUCCAACUCCGAUAGCAGGAUGCCAAGGCCGGCUGAGCUUGACAAACUUGGAGCUGACUCACCGCUGGACAGCACAGAUUCCGAGCGCAACGGCUCCGACUCCAAUCACCAGGCUCAGUCAAUAAAGGUCAAUCCCUUUUCCCUUUCACCCAGCCUGAGCAGCAUCAAGAAUAAGAUGGAAGAGUGUGGCCAGAUGUCCCCGGCACUGCCUCCCUCGCACGGGCCCACCCCCUCCCCCUCCCAGACGACACUGCAACACACACAACUCAUGCUUACUGGCUCCCAGCUGGCAGGGCUCACAGCUCUGUUGCCGGCGCAGCAGCAGCUCCUGUUGCAGCAGGCCCAGGCUCAGCUGCUGGCCGCCGCCGUGCAGCAGUCCAAUGCCGCUCACGCUGCCCACGCUGCUCACGCUGCCGCUCAGGCCACACAGCAAGCUCAGGCCGCUGCAGCCAAUCAGCAGGCCCACAAGCAUCAUCAGCAGCACCUGCAGCAUGAGGCGGGACAAACAGGCCAGCAGGCGCAGGGAAAGAGCACACAGGAACACACUACCCAAAACGUCCCUGCCCCACCUCCUCCGCCCCAGCUUGCCCUCUCUCAGCCAAUCCAGCUCACCGCCCAGGACAUCCAGCAGUUGCUGCAGCUCCAGCAGCUGGUGUUGGUGCCAGGCCACUCGCUGCCGUCGCCUGGCUCGUUUCUCCUCCCGCAAGCGCAGCAGAGCCAGCAAGGACUCCUGUCGACACCAAAUCUUAUUCCGCUACCUCAAGCCAACCAAGGGAGCCUGCUGUCCGCUCAGAGUCGAAUGGGACUGCAAGCACAGCGAGACAAGAGCCUGGAGGCGAGUGGCGGCUUGAGCUCGGCGGCCGCCGUGCCCUCUCACCCCGAGGAGCCCAGCGACCUGGAGGAGCUGGAGCAGUUUGCUCGCACCUUCAAACAGAGACGCAUCAAGCUGGGCUUCACGCAGGGCGAUGUGGGCCUGGCCAUGGGGAAGUUGUAUGGCAAUGACUUCAGCCAGACCACCAUCUCCCGCUUCGAGGCCCUCAACCUGAGCUUCAAGAACAUGUGCAAGCUGAAGCCGCUGCUGGAGAAGUGGCUCAACGACGCAGAGACCAUGUCCAUUGACAGCACCCUUACCAGCCCCAGCUCGCUGUCAUCGCCCUCACUGGGCUUCGACGGCAUGCCCGGCCGCCGCAGGAAGAAGAGAACCAGCAUCGAGACCAACGUACGCGUUGCCCUGGAGCGCGCCUUCUUGACGAACCAGAAGCCUACCUCAGAGGAGAUCCUGCUGAUCGCCGAGCAGCUCAACAUGGAGAAGGAGGUGAUCCGUGUGUGGUUCUGCAACCGCCGGCAGAAGGAGAAGCGCAUCAACCCCAGCAGCUCCACCCCACCCCUGCCCAGCCAGCCUGCCAGCGCCCCGUCCGCCCACAAGCCCGCCUGCUACAGCCCCCACAUGAUGAGCAACCAGCUUUCCCAGGCCGUGAGCGGUCUCGGAAGUGCGACGGCCACUGCCGUGUCCCCUGUCUGCCCCCUGACCUCCAGCCUGGCCUCCAGCCUCACCUCUAGCUCCGCCCCCUCCCCGGUCACGCCUCCUCCGCGCAGCACGGCCAGCCCGGCCAGCCACAGCGCCAUCAAUCUCAAUGCCAGCUUGUGGCGUGUGGGCAAGAAGAACGGCGAGGUGUCGAGCUACAUCAGCGACUUUGCCGCCAACUUGAGGAACACUGUGAUGGGCGUUAACACUGGGAUGAACCAAGCCCUCCUCGCUAACAAUCCCCUGGCCACUUUUCAAGCUCUGGCAGCCAGUGGUGGCCAGCUGCCCCUUUCCAGUCUUGAGGGCGGCGGCAAGAUGAUGCUGGGGGCGUCGGGCGGCCAGGGCGGCGGCCUGGCUGCAUCGCUCUUCCUCAACCACCCGGCGCUCCUCCACAUGGGCCAGAGCCUGGGCGCCGGCCUGCUGAACGCGGCCUCGCGCCCUUCUCCCUUCGCCCCCUCGGCCAGCAGCAUCAGCCCAACCCUCUGCUCGCCCUCGCCCUGCUCCAGCCCCGCCUCCUCCUGCUCAUCCAGCGAAAUGGCACACAGCCCCAAGAUGGAGUGAUGGCGGCGGGCGGGCGGGCGGCCGGCCAAUCAGAAAGAAGCAAGGAAGCGGGCAACUCUAGCCUUUCACACCAAAGCUAGCUCUUCCUCUCUCUUGCACUCUUCUUCUUCUCCCGGCCCUCUUUGUCCUUCCCUCCCGCGCUUUCCAAUGCCAAAAACCCCCACAGAAUGGAAGAGGAGGGAAGGGAGGGUGCAGGAAGGGGAAGACCAAAACCAAAAAUCUUUUUUGUUUGUUUGUUUGUUUGUUUGUUUGUUUGUUUGUUUGUUUGUUUCGUCAGCAUCAGCAUGGCACCUCGAGACUCUGAGCAAGAGAAGAUGAGCGGCGAGGCCUGCCAACCGGUGUCUAAACCAAAAAUGACAAAAGAAGACGAAGGAGGACUUUCAAAAGUAUUUAUUUUGCGUGUCUAACGAGGAAAGCGAAAGAGGAGGAGUGUUUGAAACCAAAAAUAUACCCAAGGAGGAGGAGGAGGAACACACAAAAAGUGACAACCAUACCAAAAUCUCAAAUACCAAAAAGUACGGAGAGAAAAGCUUUAUUCCACGGACAUGUAAAUAAAUUGUCAAGCUAUCCAGGACCAGGACUCCACUGCAACGCUUGCAUUCCAUGUCAUCCAUUUCAUGAAGAUGCUGCAGUUACCUUGUUGCGCAAUUUACAUGUAGCCCAUCACCAUCAUCUUCACUACCACCACCGGUGGCACGCUCCAAACGUAAGAACAAGGCACCUCUCGGAUGGGGAGCCGCAAUCGGAUGCUGCCGCCGCCCUUUCAUCAAUCAACUUUGCGUGUUUUGUCCAUGUCGUCGUCCGCCACCGCCAUCCGUCCACGUCCCACUGCCAUUAAACGCUCAAAAUGGAAACCAAAGCAUUUUUACCAAGGCCUCAAGGAGGUCUUCUUGAAGAGCCUCGUCCAAGACACUUGACACCCUGA